AUGCCACCUAAAACGAGGAAACUUUUGGGACGGUGCACGGCAGCUGCCUCCGCUGCUAGAGCAGCAAGGGCGAGUGAAACCCCUGAACAGACUUCUUUGCUUCUUUCACGGAUGGCCUCAAGCUCAGCUGCUUGCUUAUCUACAGAAAGGGUUGCUGCGCGGACUAAAAGGUUGGCUUCAACGAUGUCCGCACGCCACGCCAGGCUUUCAGUUGAAGAACGUUCACUUCAGAAUUCACAGGACGCCACUACCAAAGCUUGCUCCAGGAGUUUAGAAAGCCCCGAACAAACAACUUCACAUCAUCUUAGGAAUACUUGGGCUACAGCCGCCUCCAGAGCUUCGGAACAACCCCAAGAAACCGCUCAUCAUCUUAUUAGAAAUGCCUAUCCACCGCAUCUGCCAGAGCCUUACAAAGCCCUGCACAGACCACUGUUCAUCUCGUUAGAAAUGCCCGCUCUACUGCAUCUGCUAGAGCCCUAG